GUCGUGUGCAUGUGUGUGUCGCCCCGAGCCACCUGCGAGUCGGGUCGGGUCUGUCUCCAUGCGUCCGUUCUUCUUCUGGUGCGGGAGGGAGUUUUGAUGGCAGCCCGACUACUCUAUCCAUUGGGGACCAGAACCAGUAUUGGUCCGGUGCUGCCAGCGUAGCGUGUGCAGGCUAUUGCGGUUGGCCCAACAUCAUUCUUUCGUUGUUGAGGUUGAGCUGAUUGCGAAAAACCUGGCCGGGCGGCGGGAUACAGCCACCUUUCAGCAGGGGCAUGCGUUGUCGGGGUAGCGCCUGUUUUGCAAUGUCGUUUGAGCCGAGUUAUAUCAUCGGACCUGCCUUUGUGGCACUUGUUGUUUUUUGCUUUCGUGUCUUUUUGUUUUUUUGGGGGGGAAGACAUAACGACCUUGACGCCAAGAUCGUGUGCCUUUUGGUCGUUGGGUCUUUGCUGGGCCGCUAGCCGUCUUCGUGCGCAGGUUUCGGAUGUUGUCAUGGCGCUUACCAACUCAUUCUCAUUGCUUUGGUUGUGUCUCUUUUGGCAUAGGUCAUCAUGGUUCGCUACGCUCGCAACCCCGACGAGGCCGUCGAAGCCAAGACCUGCAAGACGCGGGGCAGCUACCUGCGCGUGCACUACAAGAACACGCGCGAGACCGUUCACGCCAUCAAGGGCAUGACCCUCAAGCGUGCUCAGGCCUUCCUUGAGAACGUCAAGGCCAAGAAGGAGAUUGUCCCCUUCAAGCGCUACAACGGCUCCAUCGGCCGCAAGGCCCAGUGCAAGGCCUGGGGCUGGUCUCAGGGUCGCUGGCCCACCAAGUCGGCCGAGUUCGUGCUUGGUCUGCUCAAGAACGCCGAGUCCAACGCUGAGGCCAAGAACCUCGACACCGAGAAGCUCGUCAUUGAGCAUGGUCAGGUCAACCGCGCCCCCCACAUGCGCCGCCGCACUUACCGUGCGCACGGUCGUAUUAACCCCUACCAGUCGUCCCCUUGCCACGUCGAGAUGUGGCUGGUUGAGCGCGACGAGACCGUUCCCGCCGCCCAGGACUCGACCGGCCGCUCCAAGAAGGUGGUCUCGGCUUAAGCGUGCGUUCCCCUAACUGUCUCUGAGGCUUUUUGAGGCGCACACCCGGGCCGCGCCCUUUCUCCUGAUCCCGGACGGUCCGAACUCGCAGCAAUUGACCAUUUAUACAGAACCUU